AUGGACCCCUUUCAAGAACUCCGAAACGAAUUUUCUUCUACGAUCCGCGCCCUCCAGAAUGAAAUCGAAUCCGUCAAAAAUGAACCCAAACCACUUCAACGACCAAAGCCAUGCCUCCCUGAUCCCGAGAAAUUCAAUGGCCAAUCUUUGAAGUUUGAUACCUGGCUUGCUUCGAUGAAGGCUAAGCUUAGGAUUGAUGCUCCAGCUAUUGGUGAUGCAGUGGCUCAGUUCUACUAUGUCUAUCUGAAUCUGGAAAGCAAAGUCCAAGCUCUAGUUCUUCCCCAGUUAUCUUAUGCAGAAGACACCAACACCUGGGAUUACAACACCAUCCUUGAUCAACUAUCUCUGGUUUAUGACAACCCCAACAAGGUUCAAGAAGCUGAAGAUUAUCUACUAGUCCUAAAGCAGGAUAGUGGUGAAUCUGUGGCAGCCUACAUCGCCAAGUUUGAGAGGAUUCUUUAUGAGGCAAAGGGCAAAGAUUGGCCUGAUGUCACCAAGAUUUCAGCGUUCAGGAAAGGCCUCAAUCCUACUCUCCGAGGACGUCUCAACCAGCAGUUGAAUCUUCCAAAAUCAUACACUGAUUUCCUUCGUGUGGUUCAACAAUUGGGAAGUCAUUCUUUCAGCUCAAAUUCCACCAAUGUUUCCCACUCUCAAUCACACCAAUCUGGCUCUCACACCAAGUCUGAUCCUAUGGACCUCAGCGUCAUCAAUAUCAACUCCCUGUCAGCAGCGUCCACCUCCCUAGAUGAAAGGAACAGACGACGACAACAAGGAUCCUGUGUGAGAUGUGGCUCCUCUGAUCAUUGGGUGAAGGAUUGUUCCAUGAAGGCACACAAGGAAUCCAAUAAAAUAUGGAACCAGCAGAUGAUUGCAAGGUUAGAGGCAAACCGUCUUGAUGACCUUAAUGAUCUCGAUGAUUGA